CUAUUUCAUUGCCGCAGUGGCUAUUAACAUAACCUUCGAAGGCUAAAAACAUUUGAAUUCCGUGUUUCUGUACAGUAUUAGCGAAUUAUUUUCAAAACAUCGCUGUGACUUGAUAUUUUUCCGCUAAUAUCGCUCAUCUCUAAGCUCGAAAAUCAACGAUUAAUCCAUCUUUGACCGCACAAAUACAACCACAACAAAUAUGAAUCUUGAAUAGUUUUAGCGCAGUUCUAGUGAAAGAUAUCGUGAAUAUGUAUGUUGAUUGUAGAUAAAAAGGAAGGCUAGGAUAAUUCUAUAGGAAUAUUUUACAUACAGUGUUUUUUCCCGCGGCUUAACUCAAGCUGUUAACCAUUUAAAAUUGAGGGGGCUGAGUGGGCUAAGCUCGUAUAUUUCUUGUCACACUGCAACAAAACACUACAGUCACACUAAUAAAUUGCAAUAGAAUAAAAUAAAAUUUGAAGUUUUGAGAUGCAGAUGGAUAAAAAGUCAGCCGUUUCGAAUUUGCAGGAAUUUUGCGCCAAGAGCAAGAUUCCGGUGCCGAAAUACGACUAUAUCGAAGGGGAAGAGGGAGGAUACGUUUGCAAAAUCGUUCUAAUGGAUGUAGAAUCCUAUGGCAAUGGCCGCUCAAAGCGUGACUCCAAACACCUGGCGGCCUCAAAUAUGAUAAAGAGAUUGCGCAGAAUGCCGGGCCUCAGUGAGCAUCUGUCCGACGAUAUCGGUGGCAAUGGUUCGGAUUUGUACGAUGAGCUAAAGAACCUUAAUCGGGAUAUGAUCAAGGAGCUACGCGACUACUGCGUUCGCCAUGAAAUUCCGCUGCCCAUUAUAGAGAUUGUGCAGCAGUGCGGCACACCAGACGCUCCCGAAUUCCUGGCCAGCUGCUCGGUGGUCUCCAUCAAGCGUUACGGCAAGUCGGACAAGAAGAAGGAUGCCCGCCAGCGGGCCGCCAUCGAAAUGCUGUCGGUCAUCUCAAGCAAGGAAACCAGAAUGGAAGUUGUCAGCACCAAGCCCUCGGACCAGGGGACAAUUCCUUUAGUCGAUGGCAACAGCGACAUAGAGACCGAACGUCGUCUUAUAUUCUCCACCUACCGGAACUUCAUCGACUCGGGCCGAACGGAAUUCUCUGCACGCAAAGUGUGCGAUGCCCACAACUACUACAAGGACUUCUUUCCGCACCUGAAGAAGGCCGCUUUUGAGGUCAUCAAUUCCACAGAGUACGAAAACGAAAAGGAUCAGCUUAUGCACAUUCUGAAAGCCCUGAAUAUCACACCUGAAUUCUCAACAGUUCCAGCAAAAUCCAUGAAGACAAUGGUCAAAAUUGAGCUAAACGUUGAAUUUGAUCGCGUUUUUAUUGAUUAUGAGAACAAUAUCUAUGGCUACAUGAUUGGCUACUUGAAGGAUAUGCUUGACUAGAAUCAUAUCUAUAAUUUGUAAUUUUGCGGAACUGGCAUUUUUCUACUACAAAUACUAUAAUGAGAGUCGCAGAACGGAUUGAAUCCCAGACUACCCUGAAAUGUUUUGUUGAAAUUUAAAAGCUUUGUUUGAGAUGCCAAGCUUUUUUGGCACCUAUGUGUUUCAAAAAUGAAAAGAGAUUUUUGGUUAAACUUUA